UUGAGAACAGAAAUUAAAUGGGGUUGUCAACUGGACACAAAUCAAAAGGGGAUGGUGACCUCACAGCCCCCUGCGGUAGAUUGCCAUUCAUCUUGCUGCUCAGGGCUGAGGUCUGAGUUUGUGAGUGACCUCACAAUGACCAGAGUGGGGCUUAGCCCGCUGCCACAGCCUCAGUCCACCAUGCUGAGUACCCUGUGGCUGCUGCUCAGCUUUGCUGUCCCAGUGCGGGGGAUCUACAAAUUUAUCAGCUGUCCCCAUGGCAAGCAAUGCCAGAAGGCCCUGCUGUCCAGCAACGACGUACUCCUGCAAUGCAGCUCUGCUGGGGCACACUGGUACUACUUCUUCCUGCAGACCAGGAGUGGCUGGACCACCACCAACACCAGUGUUUCCAAUAUGGUCACGACGCCCAUAGGUCACCUUCUCAUUAGAGACCCUCUGCCCUCCCAGACCGGCCUCUACAGCUGCUGGAACAAGAAUGGCACCCAAGAGACACAGUACGAGAUUGAUUUUCAGGAUGUCAGCUCCCUGCAUAUCACACACAAAAGCCUGGACCAAGAUCCCCUGCACAACGAGUCCCUGGAACUGGGUCGUCAGGAGACGGUCUUCACGCACUGGGAGCCCUGGCAGGACUGUAACCGCUGCAACGUGCCCGGGGAGCGCAAGCGCUUGGGCUACUGCUACAUCCAGGAGCCCCAGGAGGAGCCCGUCCCCUGUGGGAUCUUUCUGGGACAGGCCAAGUUGAAGUCCAACCGCUUGCGGCCCGAGAUGCAGGUGGAAGCCUGUUUGGUGCCCUGCGACCCUCAACACUCCUACCACCACGAGUACACCAUCUUUGACAGUUUCAGUUUCAGCAAGGAGUCGGAAGCUCUGUGGCUCACCUGCUCCUUAGGAUCCAUCUACAGGCCCAUCAUGUGGGAAGUCAACGGCAUCCCCUUAACUUGGCGGGGCCAGCUGAUCGGCCAGGGCAUGAACACCGUCCUGGACACCUCCACCGGCGGCAGGCAGCUGCAGAUCUUCCAGCCGGCCACGUACAAGUGCUACGUCCACCAGGAGUUCAUGGCCCAGUUCAGCCCCGUGGUGGGUCCCGAGGCCUUGGAGGAGCAGAACAAGAAGGAGGAGCAGCAGUGGCAGGUGGGCAAGGUCCUGGUCCCGCCCAAGGAGGCCGACUCGGUUCUCAAGGGGCUGAAGCUGAUGCUGCUCAUGGUCUUCGUCCUGGCCCUGGCCGGGCUUCUCUUCAGGGUCUUCCGUCCUGCCUGGGACAAGAGGAAGAACUCCGUCCUGCUGGUGAAAUAAAGCGAGCCUGCUUGCCCAAGGGGACCCGGCUUCCUGUUCCUUUAUGGCCUCCGCUGUCCCACAGAGAGCUCCUGCCCACCCCGUGCCCACCCACGCCCCCCUCUGAGAUGCCCUGUGGGCCACAACGGGCCCUGGGCAACAGCAGGCCCUGCCCUGCUGCAGCGUGAGGGAUGGCACCCCGCUGGUCUCGGGGGAGUAUCAGGUGUGGUCAGUCGCGACCUCCUCUCAAUCCACUCUCCAAGGACAACACGGCGCGUGCAAAUGGGCCGUCUCCAGGUCCUCCCGGCCUGCCCGGCCCCUCCUGCUUGUUCAUUGCCCCAGGCUUCAAGCCACCGUGCCCCAAGUCUGGGCCCAGGGUGGCUUGAACACCCUUCAUGUUGCCGGGCUUUUGCAGUGGAGGAAGCCCCCUCAGAACCACCAAAGGGACAAGGUGCCAGGCCUGGCUCUGCAUGGGAGUCACCAGGCCUGGCUGAUCCCAGAAAUGCUCACACUGUCGAGCAGGGUGCCGGGCGAGAGAGGAAACAGGAAUGCCUUUUAAAGUUCAUGGCUCUAAACCUCACUGUGGAGCAGAGACAGGACACACCUGAGACUCUCCCAGGGCAGCCCUGGGGUCCUGGAGGACAGGGCAGAGCACCCCCCAGGCACCAGAACGCUUGGCCUGGUACCCAGAGACUCUCAGGUUCCUGCAGGACGAGGGGAAGGCCCCCGAGAAUUCACGGGGACUCCCUGGGAGGCAGGGGCCAAGGAUACGAUGAUGAUGAUGAUAAACCCUUUUGGCCCUCAGGAGGCGUGGUUAAAACUUGCACCCUUCCUCAACAUCAUGUCCCCACAGCCACCCACGAGGCUUCUGCCACUAGAGCCCUGUUCUGCAGCUGAGAACAUCCAGGUGCGGGAGGCACAGCCACCUGCUGAGGUCACACAGUGAGUUUGGGAAGGGGACAGUGAAAGGAAAUAUCGGCUCCUUGCUGGCUCCUAGGAAACCCCCAGCCUGGUGUCCUGUACCUACAGUAGCCCCCCCUGGGCAGCAGCCGGCAGGGGAAGAGCAGGCGCCAACCAGCAGCCUGUGCCCACACUGGUCUACACAGCAUUGAACGUCUCGUGACCCACAGCCGAGGGGCCAUCAGCGCUGUACUGUGGCAGGCAGUCCCUGAGGUGACCGUGGCUUUCCACCUCCUGGUAUCCACAUCUUUGUGAAAUCCUCUGCCCCUUGUGUGGACCAGAUCUGUGACCCUGCUUCUGACCACAGCAUGUGCUGACGGUGUUAGACGGCCAUUCCUGAGGAGGUUGGGUCCUAUAAGACCUGCCUCAGUAGCCAGGAGCACAGACUGUUGUUGCUUUGAUGACACAAACAGCUGCUGUGGUUUGGAUAAGUGUCCCCCAAAGGCCCAUGUGUUAAAGACUUUGUCCCCAGCCCGUGGCUCUAUUGGGGGUGGUAGAACCUUUGGAAGGUAGAGCCUAAUGGGAGAAAGUUAGGUCUUUGGGGCAUGGCCUUGAAUGGGAUAUUGGGACCCUCCCUGUCUCUCUCUUCUGCUCUCCUGACACCAUGAAAUGGGCAGCUUUCUUCACCACGUGUUCCCACCGUGAGGUGCUGCCUCCCCACAGGCCCCAAAGCAACUGGAUUAACCGAUCAUGGGAUGAAGCCUCUGAAACUGAGAGUAAACCUUUUCUCCCUAAAAGAUGAUUAUCUCAGGUAUUUUGUAAUAGUAAUGAAAAACUAACAUAGCAGUUAUGUUGAGGAAGUCCAUGUAGCAUGAAGCUGCAGCCUGGGAACUCUGUAGAGAUAGUAAAUAUCAGGUUGGGGGUGGGGGAUAUGUUUGCUGCUCCGAUGAAGCUGACUAGGAUAUGGAGGCAGCCAUGAUGGAGAAGGAUAUCCAGGAAAUAUCCAGGGGCCAGAUCCUGUAGGGCCUUGUGGACCAGAGUCAGGAUUUUUGGGGUACCAGGGAUUGAACCCAGGAGUAGUUAAUUACUCAGUCGUAUCACAUCCCCAGCCCUUUAUAAUUUUCAUUUUGUAACAGGAUCUAGCUAAGUUGCUUAGGGCCUUGCUAAAUUUAUGUGGCUGUCCUCAAACUUGCAAUCCUCCUGCCUCAGCCUACUGAGCCAUGGGGAUUGUAGGUGUGUGCCAUCAUGCCCAGCUUUUGAGAGCAGGUCUUUAUUAGAAAUGAGAUGGGAGCCCCGGGAGAGUUUUGAGCAGUGGAGGGACAUGAUUGAAUGUCCAUUUAAAGUGGUGAUUCUGACAGGGUGGGAAGAGAAGUAGCAGCCACUUUGCAGGUGACCAUAGGACAAUGAGAAACGGUCACCACCAAGUGGUCAGGCCUGCCCUGGCCACCCUCUGCCUCACCUCAGAGCACAGCAUAAGACACAGUAUGCCCACACUCCAUUCUUUGUUUUCUGAGCUGGGUCUUACAUUGUUGCUAGUCUGGUCUCAAAAUGCUGGGCUCAAACAGUUCUCCCACCUCAAACCCUGAGUAGCUGGGACUCGAGAUGCACGCCACUGAGCCCAGCUACUUCAUUUUAACCAUCCAUUCUGCCCUUUCCCUUCUGUAUCGUCAUUUUUUUAAAAAAAUUUCUCAGGCUUACUUUUUUGAAAAAAAAAUUGCUAAUAAAUGUCAUUCCAGGAAAGUAGUCCUCCUUCUGCUGUGUUACUUUCUAUGUUAUCAGUCACUCAUGUUCUUGGUUACCUGUGGUCAAUUGUGACCUGUGAAUAUUAAAUAGAAAAUUCCAGAAGUGAUUAAUAAAUGUAUUAUCAAUAAAUA